AAGAGUUCAGGCAACUGAACAAAUUGGGUGAAGAGAAAGCAAGGGGAGGGGAAGAAAGACUUCAUGACAUUAAAACUCAUUCAUUAAUUCGAAUGAGAAACCGAACGCCAGCCUGAAGAUCAAAACGCUUGCCACGUCCUUGCUAGCGCUAAAUUCAACUUUCAAAACCUCCAGGUCGAGAUAAUAUAACUAUAUCGUUCCUGCUUUUUACAAACACUAUUAUUGGUAUCUAAUAGAACUAAAGAAAGCAUCGGUCCAAUCAAAAAGACAAGCGCGUAAAACAUCUGAUCCUCACGUUACUUCCACUCGCUCUGCGUUUGACUUGUUGGCGGGGCGUUGGUGCCUUGGACUUUUUUUUUUCCUCCUUCUCUUCUUCGCGGCUCGGUCCACUACGCUGCUCGAGAGGAAUCUGAUUUAUUCGACCACACUACUCUCCUAAACAAACACAUUAAAAUGGCCGGAUCCAACAGCAUCGAUGCAGUCAAGAGAAAGAUCAAAGUUUUACAACAGCAAGCAGAUGAAGCAGAAGAAAGAGCCGAGAUUUUGCAGAGACAGGUCGAAGAAGAGAAGCGUGCCAGGGAGCAGGCUGAGGCAGAGGUGGCCUCUCUGAACAGGCGUAUCCAGCUCGUUGAGGAAGAGUUGGAUCGUGCUCAGGAGAGACUGGCCACAGCCCUGCAGAAGCUGGAGGAAGCUGAGAAGGCCGCAGAUGAGAGCGAGAGAGGGAUGAAGGUGAUUGAGAACAGGGCUCUGAAGGAUGAGGAGAAGAUGGAGCUCCAGGAGAUCCAGCUCAAGGAGGCCAAGCACAUUGCUGAGGAGGCCGACCGCAAAUAUGAGGAGGUGGCACGUAAGCUGGUGAUCGUUGAGGGAGAGUUGGAGCGUACAGAGGAGAGAGCAGAGCUUGCUGAGAGCCAUGUCAAGCAGAUGGAGGAGGAGCUGAGAGCUCUUGACCAGACAUUGAAGUCUCUGCAGGCCUCAGAGGAGAAGUAUUCCCAGAAGGAAGACAAGUAUGAGGAAGAGAUCAAGAUCCUCACUGAUAAGCUGAAGGAGGCUGAGACCCGUGCUGAGUUUGCUGAGAGGUCUGUGGCCAAACUGGAGAAGACCAUUGAUGAUUUGGAAGAGAAACUGAGAGAUGCUAAAGAGGAGAACAUCAAGAUCCAUGCCACUCUGGACCAGACCCUGUGCGAGAUCAAUAAUUUCUAAGGAAGACCUGGCGCGGGAGAAAAAAGGCCUCCUCUUCCCUUCCUGACACCCUCAUCUCAUUUGGUUUCUUUGUCUCUGCACAUCUGAUUCUUCUGUUUUCCUGAUCCCCUUUUCUUUUUUUUUCUGCUGGAGGACGGGCUCACCAAGCCAACCGGCAAAAAUGUGGUGCCUCUCUAUGUUUCAAAAGUACUUUAAUCUUUCCGGAGCACUUAUUAAGCUUCACUGCUCAUCUCCUCAGAAAAUCCCAAGUGAUUUUAGGAACAAAAUACUAUGGUAUUCCUAAAGUGUCAAAUAUUAUAUGCUAGCCCUAGGGUAGCUUUUUGUUGUUUUGGUCCCUGACCAGAGCUUUACAAUUGUGGCUAGUUUUUUUUUUUUUUUUUUUUUUUUUUUUUUUUUCUCCACAUAUCAGCCAAAACUCUUAAUAAUUAUUUUUCAUUUUACCAGAGGCUGACUUACUUAACAUUUUGUGCCAUAAAAGCCUUCUUGGCAGUCUCGGCUUGGCUUGGCUUUCGAUCUGUUGUGAUCAUGUGAUACAGGAUGUUUUUUUGCUGGUCUUGUUGGUGCCUGAUCCACUGCUCUCCUCUUACCUUUUGACACUCUUCAUCCUGCACAAGUUUCUGCUGCCUGUUUUUCGGCGUCACAGGUUUUGGGACCAAAACCACAUCAUGUGGUGUGUAACAGUAUGCACAACCAUGCCGCUAGUACCAUUGUUUUGUUUUUUUGUUUGUUUUUUUAUUAUUAAAAACAUUUGCUUCCAUUUGGAGUUUUUGCAUUAAUAUAUGUAUUCUUUGUUUGGGUUUAAUCCCCCUGCAUUUUAACACCAAACUUUACUUUAGCAAACCACUAUUUGAUAUCCUGCACUGUUAUGGACUUAUGGUGGACAUCUUUUGAGCAGAGAAGGCCACGUCAUUUUUUUCUUCAGGUGGCCGGUUUUGUUGUUUUUCAGUUUGUUUUAUUUGCUUUAAAGAGCCAUAUUCUACCCAGGGAAGAAAGGUUGGAAGGUUGAUUAAAUUUUUUUUUUUUUUUCAAA